UCAGCCUCCAUUUUCCCUUUGUUUUUUCUUUCUUUCUUUCUUUCUCUCUGCUACUUUCUUCUAUGCUUAAAGCUAAUUGAGUAGGAGUGAAAAGUAUAUUAAGUAUAACUAGUCAAGAGAAGAGUCAAUAUAUAUAUCUCUAUAUACACACUUAAUAAGUCCAACUUCAAUUAUCUGGGUUUUCUUUGUUUUUUCUCAUCAAUUCACUACUAUACCAUAUACUAUAUAUAUAUUGUUUGGGAUAUAUAUAAUUUCUUUCUUUAAUUGUGUAAUCUCUUGUUUAUAUAUGUUUUAGUUUUUCUUCUUUAGCUUAUUACCAUUUCUAGCUAAGUCUUUCCAAUCUUGUUUCUACUACUAAUUGAUCACCUGAGUUCUUCUCUCUCUCUAUAUAUAAAGUAUAUACAUAUAUAUAUAUAUAUAUAAGCUCAUCACUCUAAUAAGAUGAUAUCUGAUCAAGAUAUUAUUUCAGUUAAUAAUCCCAGCUCCACCAUCAAUAGAGGGUUUGUUCAAGAACCAAAUCUAAACCCUAACCCUAACCCUAAUAAUAAUACAAAUCCCUCAACCAAGAAGAAAAGAAACUUACCAGGAAAUCCAGAUCCAGAUGCAGAAGUGAUAGCUUUAUCUCCAAAGUCUCUGAUGGCGACCAACAGAUUCCUUUGUGAGAUUUGCAACAAGGGUUUUCAGAGAGACCAGAAUCUACAGCUCCACCGAAGAGGACACAACCUUCCAUGGAAACUCCGUCAAAGAUCAAACAAAGAUGUUAUUCGGAAAAAGGUCUACGUUUGCCCCGAAAAGACCUGUGUUCAUCACGACCCUUCUCGAGCCCUCGGUGACCUCACCGGAAUUAAAAAACAUUUCAGCCGAAAACACGGCGAAAAGAAGUGGAAGUGUGAGAAGUGUUCCAAAAAAUAUGCUGUUCAAUCUGAUUGGAAAGCUCAUACCAAGAUUUGUGGGACUAGAGAGUAUAAAUGCGAUUGUGGAACACUCUUCUCCAGGAAAGAUAGUUUCAUAACACACAGAGCUUUUUGUGACGCAUUAGCUGAAGAAAAUGCUCGUUUUGGUACAACAACAACCACAACAACACUCCCAACAACUAAUAUCCCCAAUUUUAUCAUCAACAACAACAAUAAUCCACCUCAUCAAACAGUUAUAACCGCUUCCAACAGAAUUACGCAUCAGCUUUCGCCUAUCUUUUCACCCGAAUUCGGCUCUGAUACCACUUGUGAAAUCCGGUCUAGGUUGCCUGUUUGGCUAGACCCGACCGCGAACAGUACUAAUGUUAAUCCUUUCAUGACUACACCAAUUCCAAAUGAUCAUCAAAUGUUGUUGCAAACCGCAGCUGCGAGUAACAUUUUCGGCCAACAACAUCAGUGGAUGAACAUGUCAUCGUCGUCGUCUUUGUCCCGAGGGCUAAAGGAAGAGGAAGAAUCAAGAGGAAAUAAUAACAACAGUAGUACAACAACUACUACUGCUACAAUUCCUAAUAAUGAUAAUAAUAGUAUGAUGACUUCUUCAUCUUCUUCUCUGCUUAAUCAAAACAACAACAACAACAAUAUUCAGUUACAACAACAAGGUCCAACACACAUGUCAGCCACUGCUCUUCUUCAAAAAGCAGCUCAAAUGGGAUCCACUAGAAGUAAUCCAACAUCUUUUAAUGGCAAUGCUUUUGGUUUGAUGAGCUCAUUAUCUUCUUCUAAUAAUUCCCAGAAGCAAGUACUGUUCAGACAACCUCAAUCAACGGCUGAGAAUAAUUUCAAUGACUUAGUCAACUCUCUCCAAUCUUCAUCAGAUAAUACAAAUGAGAACAACAAUGGGAAUUCAGUACUUUUGUCAAGUUUGGAUCUUCAGCAACAACAACAACAACCACCGCCUCCGCCUCCACCGCCAUCAUCAGCGAAUAACGAAAAUGAUGAGCAUGGUAAUAUGACUAGAGAUUUUCUUGGUGUUGGUGGUGUUAGUACAACUACUUCAAAUUUCUUUCAACAAGAGCUUGCUAAGUUUGCUUCAAUGGGUUCAACCAUGAAUUUGAGCCAGUACAAUGGGCAUCAUUAGUACUCAUAAUAAAGACAAACAACAACAACAACAACAACAACAACCAUAUAAAAAGGUAAAUUCAAAAUUAGGCCCCAGCUCUUUCAUUUUGUUGUAGUACUAAAAGAUAGUGUACUAUACACAAUACCAAAUGGUGAGUUAGAGUCUAUAAAAACGGGCGAGUCAACUCAGUUAUAUAUUUAGAGAGAGAUCUCGUGAAUAUGGUCAGAGAUAGAGAGGUCUGGCUGGGCCAGUGCAUGUUGGAGAAGACUAAACAAAAAGAGACUUGGCAAUCAAACGUGGGGUCUUUGUGGGGACCCUCAAUCCAUGCAUCUUGUAGAUUUUUUUUUACUUAUUUUGUGAAAUUUUUACUUUUUUUUUUGACGUUGAUUAAACCUAGUGUGUCAUAUACUUGGGCAGUGACAAUUUUGUCAUGGCUCAAUCUCCUAGUAGAGUAGUAGUAGUGUUGUUAGUAUUACUGUCUUCAAUGACCAUUUUAUAAUAAAGAUUAUAUUCUCAUCUCA